AUGGUCCAUGGAGAUACAAACAAGGAUCAGGAUAAAAGGAACCCAGCAGCCCUGUCUGAGUCUGAGGAAAAACAGCAAUCGUUCAAUAAUCCCACUGUUUUACAGAAUGAUGUGCACUGCUCAGUAACAAUAGAAGCAAAAGGUGUUGAUAUAAUCAAUAUAAAAGGAAUUGAUGACAUAGGAUAUACACAACAAGAGUCUAUGGUUUUGAACACUGUUCCUGCAGACCAGGAUCUUAAAAAACCCAAUGGUUUGUAUUUACAAGAUGGAAAACGUCGUGUGGAUUACGUACUGGUGUAUCAGUAUAAGAAAGCCAACCGCAAGGGGCUCAGCUCCCGCCAGCAGAGUACAGUUGGUGGCUCCCAGCAGGAUCAGACCGAGCCUCCUCUCCAGCCCUCCGAGUUUCCGGAUGAUGACAGGAAAAUGCGCAGAGAAGAGUUUGAACUAAACCUUAUUGAAUCUGGAUUGGAACUGGAAAGUGAUGAAGAGACAAAAGCUUAUGGCCUUGGGUUUGUGAAGAUACAUGCACCAUGGCAUGUGCUUUGCAGAGAAGCUGAGUUCCUUAAGAUUAAGAUGCCGACUAAAAAGGUCUAUGAAGUAAAGGAGAAAACUGGGAUCCUUCUGAAGCUUUCUAGCAUUGUGCAUAAGAUGACUUCACCAUUACGACCAAAAGUGGAUGAUCAAAGUGAUGAUGUAUUUAAGCACCUUUCUUACCCCUUCUCCAGAGAGAAGAAACACUUAUUUGACCUUUCAGAUAAGGAUAACUUUUUCAGCAGUACAACAAGAAGCACAAUUGUUUAUGAAAUUUUAAAAAGAACAACUUGCACCAGGGCAAAAUACAGCAUGGGGAUCACUAGUCUGAUUGCCAGUGGAGUUUACACUGCAGCCUACCCUUUGCACGAUGGUCAUUAUGUUGGUGAUUCGACCGAGCAAAAUGAUAGGAAGCUCCUCUAUAAAGAAUGGGCUAGUUAUGGAAUAUUUUACAAAUUCCAGCCACUUGAUCUCGUUAGGAAGUACUUUGGUGAGAAGAUUGCCUUCUACUUUGCCUGGCUUGGAGUCUACACACAGUUACUGAUUCCAGCAUCCACUGUUGGGGUCAUUGUGUUCCUGUAUGGCUGUGCAACUGUUGAUUACAACAUUCCCAGCAUGGAGAUGUGUAAUGAACGUACCAACAUCACAAUGUGCCCUCUGUGUGACAAAACCUGCACUUACUGGAAGCUGAGCUCAAUCUGCGCCACAGCCCGAGCGAGUCACCUGUUCGAUAAUCCUGCAACUGUUUUCUAUUCAAUUUUCAUGGCAUUGUGGGCUGCCAUGUUUAUGGAACACUGGAAAAGAUGCCAAAUGAGGCUCAUCUCCAAAUGGGAUCUGUCUGGGUUUGAAGAAGAUGAGGAACGAUUAAAGGAUCAUCCACGACCUGAAUAUGAGGCCAAGGUUCUGAGUAAAGUUUUGAAGAAAGAACUCGAAAAGAAGGAAGAGACAUCGGAACCAGUGGAUGAACAGCCAAACAAAUGGAAAAACAGAGUGUGGUCUGCCAUGGCCGGGGUCAAAUUGACUGAAAAGGAGAAGCUGACUUGGAGGGAUCGCACCCCAGCUUACGUCACCAAUAUCGUCUCUGUUCUAUUUAUGAUUGGCCUGACUUUUGCGAUAGUCUUUGGAGUGAUCCUGUACAGAAUCUCCAUUGCAGCAGCUAUGGCUGUGAGCCCUGACGCUUAUGCCAGAAACAAUGUCAGGGUCAUCGUCACGGCUACUGCAGUUAUCAUCAAUUUGGUGGUCAUUCUCAUUUUGGAUGAAGUCUAUGGCUCCAUUGCCAGAUGGCUGACAGUAAUUGAGAUUCCCAAAACAGAUAAAAGUUUUGAAGAAAAACUAAUCUUUAAGGCUUUUCUGCUGAAGUUUGUGAAUGCCUACACUCCAAUCUUUUAUGUUGCAUUUUUCAAAGGCAGGUUCACAGGCCGCCCAGGAAAAUAUAUCUAUAUUUUUCGUAACAUGAGAAUGGAAGAGUGUGCACCAGGAGGCUGUUUGAUGGAACUCUGCAUUCAACUGAGCAUCAUCAUGCUGGGCAAACAACUGAUACAGAACAACCUGUUUGAAAUCGGAAUUCCGAAGUUGAAGAAGCUGAUCCGGUAUAUAAAGGCGAAAAGAGAGGCCAAGCUGGAAACAGAGAACAACUGUAAGGCACCGCAGCAAUAUGAAACCGACUACAAUCUGGAGCCAUUUGCUGGUCUGACUCCAGAGUACAUGGAGAUGAUCAUCCAGUUUGGAUUUGUGACACUCUUUGUGGCCUCUUUCCCACUUGCUCCACUGUUUGCACUACUCAACAACGUCAUUGAAAUCCGACUGGAUGCUAAAAAAUUCACCAGCGAGCUCCGAAGACCUGAUGCAACGAAAGCAAAGGAUAUUGGUAUCUGGUACAACAUUCUGAGAGGAAUUGGGAAGUUGGCUGUCAUCAUCAACGCAUUUGUGAUCGCCUUCACCUCUGGCUUCAUCCCACGCCUCGUCUUCUUGUACUUAUACAGUCCUGACGGCACACUGCACGGGUUCACCAAUAACACGUUGUCCUAUUUCAAUGUCAGCCACUUCGAGCCAGGAUCAGAGCCUAUUGAUCUAGAGGCAGUUGGAUACAAGGUUGAGAUCUGCAGAUAUAAAGACUACAGGGAGCCUCCAUGGUCUUCUCAACCAUAUGAUCUGUCAAAGGAAUACUGGUCUGUGUUAGCAGCCAGACUGGCUUUUAUCAUCAUUUUCCAGAACCUAGUUAUGUUUAUGAGUGACUUUGUGGACUGGAUGAUCCCAGACAUUCCAAAGGAAAUCAGUGAGCGCAUGUCUAAAGAGAAGUCUUUAUUGGUGGACCUCUUCCUGAAAGAAGAGCAAACCAAGCAGCACAUAGUGGAGGUCCUCUCUUCCCAAGAGAAGGAGAGGAAAGAAGAAGACCUUGAUGAAAACCCCAACGAGAAUGAUGCCGAGCCACUUGAAAACUGCACUGAAGAUGCAGAUGCUUCCCACUCCAAGCUCAAUAAUGCAGGACCGGAAGUUAUAUAGAAACUGCUUUAAAGUAAACCUAUGUUUCUUCAGUUGGGGCAUUCCAUGAAAUGGCAAGGUGUCACUCCAUAAGGAGCAGCGAAUCCCUGACCUGUACUAACAGCUCCCGAGGUGAACAGUUCUGCUUUGCUGCUCAUGUUGCCAUUUUGAAAAUGCUGAUGCAAGAACUACUUCCUUUUACAGAUGUGGUGGACCAUGAUUUGACUCUUUAAAAAUAGUUUAUAUUUUUACACCAUGAAAGGCAGGGAUUGUCAUUACUUUGUAUUCCACAGGAAGGCUUUUCCAGAUGUUUUCCAUCUCCUAAGUAACAGUACAAGCAAGCCUGGUCAUUAGCUUAAAAAUAAUUCACGGCAGUGGUGACAAGUUUCCUUUUCAGAUUGCUUUCUUGCCAUAACUAUAAUAUACUGUCUUUUUAUUAGAGAUACUUCUGGUUUAAUUGGG